UGGCAGCCAAGUGCAGCCUCUGCAAAAGGGACUCGUGCGGCAGGCGAAGGCAGCCGUUCGCCGCGGGCGGUCCUCCGCCGGGACGGCUCUGCCGCUGCCUGGGCCUGCGCCCCUCUCUCCCCGAACUCCUAUCCCUGACUUCAGGGCCCCGGGGGCCGCCUCCCCACAUCGCUAGGCCUGCAGACACCGGCCAAGUGCCAGGGGAAGGUGCUUCCCACUCAGCCGGCGAGCACUUAGUGGCGUCUGCUAGUUGCUCGUCUCCAGGAUAGGUGCUCGGUGAUGCGAGGGGAGCCGGGGCGCCCCACUUCACCCGCAACCCCCGGCAGAGUCGGUGACCGCGGGACCUGGGGUAGGAAGACCCGGGCAAGCAAGGGGAUCCGCGAGGGAAACGCAGGUAUCACGGCUGUAGCAGGACCGCGGCCCGCCGCGCACGCGCGCGCAAGACCCAGGGGACCAGUGCCCGCCCCACCCGGGCCCCGCCUUUCCCUUCCGGACCCGCCACCGGGGGUCUGCGCAGGACUCGGGGCGCCUCCUGCGGGCCGCGGGAGGAGCUGUAACCAGGUCUCGCCCUCCAGGCCGCCCCAGCGGACCCGGGCCCGACCGAGGUCGGGGUGCAGACCCAAGGUCGGGCAUCUCCUCGGGCGCGCGGGCCCCAGCGCGCGCUGGCCUGGCCGCGGUUGCCAUGGUUGCGGGGGGACGGGGCGCACGCGAAGCCCCGCCCCGGCCCGGCGCAGCCCCGCCCGCCCCGCUGCCCGCUCCGCCCUCCCUGCCGUCCGCGCUGCCGCCGCCGCCGCCGCCGCCGCCGCCGCCGCUACUGCUGCGGGGGCCGCGGGGGGCGCAGCUGGGGCGCGGCUCGGAGGGGAGGCUAGGGGGCCGUGCCAGGCUAGAAGCCGAGGCGGGGCCGGGAUGCGGCGCUGAGGCCCAGCAUGGCCAGCCCGUGCCCCACCUUCCCGCUGCACCGGCUCGUCUGGGCGAACCGGCAUCGCGAACUGGAGGCCGCACUGCACAGCCACCAGCACGACAUUGAACAGGAGGACCCCCGCGGGCGGACCCCGCUGGAGCUGGCCGUGUCUCUGGGAAACCUGGAGUCUGUGAGAGUGCUCCUUCGACACAAUGCCAACGUGGGCAAAGAGAACCGCCAGGGCUGGGCAGUCCUGCAGGAGGCAGUCAGCACUGGAGACCCUGAGAUGGUGCAGCUGGUGCUCCAGUAUCGGGACUACCAGAGGGCUACACAGAGGCUGGCGGGCAUUCCGGAACUGCUCAACAAACUUCGCCAGGCCCCUGAUUUCUACGUGGAGAUGAAGUGGGAGUUCACCAGCUGGGGUGAGUGGGGACCUCUGGGCUCCCAGGGAUUUGGGGUGGGGCUUUUGGGAAGACCCCCAGUGACCCCUGUGCACCCUGCAGUGCCCCUUGUGUCCAAGAUGUGCCCGAGCGAUGUGUACCGCGUGUGGAAGCGGGGUGAAAGCCUGCGAGUAGACACCAGCCUCCUGGGCUUCGAGCACAUGACCUGGCAGCGAGGCCGGAGGAGCUUCAUCUUCAAGGGCCAGGAGGCAGGAGCCCUGGUGAUGGAGGUGGACCAUGACCGGCAGGUGGUGCAUGCGGAGACACUGGGGCUCGCUCUGCAGGAGCCCGAAGCACUGCUGGCCGCCAUGCGGCCCAGCGAGGAGCAUGUGGCCAGCCGCCUCACCUCUCCUAUCGUCUCCACCCACCUGGACACUCGUAAUGUGGCCUUUGAGAGGAACAAAUGUGGUAUCUGGGGCUGGCGGUCUGAGAAGAUGGAAACUGUUAGCGGCUACGAGGCCAAGGUGUACAGUGCCACCAACGUGGAGCUGGUGACACGCACACGCACGGAGCACCUCUCUGAUCAGGACAAGUCGAGGAGCAAAGGGGGGAAGACUCCGUUCCAGUCCUUCCUGGGGAUGGCCCAGCAGCACUCCUCCCACACCGGGGCCCCUGUGCAGCAGGCAGCCAGCCCCACCAACCCCACAGCCAUCUCCCCUGAGGAGUACUUCGACCCCAACUUCAGCCUGGAGUCACGGAACAUUGGCCGCCCCAUCGAAAUGUCCAGCAAAGUACAGAGGUUCAAGGCAACACUGUGGCUGAGUGAAGAGCACCCGCUCUCCCUGGGUGACCAGGUGACACCCAUCAUUGACCUAAUGGCCAUCAGCAAUGCUCACUUUGCCAAGCUGCGCGACUUCAUCACCCUGCGCCUUCCACCUGGCUUCCCCGUCAAGAUUGAGAUUCCCCUUUUCCACGUGCUCAACGCCCGCAUCACCUUCAGCAACCUGUAUGGCUGUGACGAACCCCUGAGCUCGGUGUGGGUGCCGGCCCCCAGCUCUGCUGUCGCCACAUCAGGGAACCCUUUCCCGUGCGAGGUGGACCCCACCGUGUUUGAGGUGCCCGAGGGGUACAGUGUGCUGGGCACGGAGCGCAGCGAGCCCCUCCGAGAUGAGGACGAUGACCUCCUGCAGUUCGCCAUCCAGCAGAGCCUGCUUGAAGCGGGCACCGAGGCGGAGCAGGUGACCGUCUGGGAAGCCCUGACCAACACCCGGCCUGGUGCCCGCCCUCCUCCCCAGGCCACGGUUUAUGAGGAACAGCUUCAGCUGGAGCGGGCCCUCCAGGAAAGCCUGCGGCUGUCCACAGAGCCCAGGGGCCCAGGAUCCCCUCCCAGGACGCCCCCAGCCCCCGGCCCACCCAGCUUUGAAGAGCAACUUCGCCUGGCCCUGGAGUUGUCUUCACGGGAGCAGGAGGAGCGGGAGCGGCGCGGGCAGCAGGAGGAGGAGGACUUACAGCGGAUCCUGCGGCUGUCACUCACCGAGCACUGAGCCACAGCCCCGGGAGGGCUGGCCAGGCCACUCCCUGCCCGCUUUUGUAAUUUAUUUAUUUAUAAACUCUCUGCUGCUGGGCUUGGGGCCUGGAGCCCCAGGGAUGGUCGGGCAGGGGAGACAGAUGGAAAUAAAGAGACUGUCGCAGCAGGG